GAAACAAUGUGGUUUGAUGAGGUAAUUUGAAAUGGCGACGGUCGGUUUGGAUGAUAAGCCUCACAAUGAAGAAAAUCUAAAACAGGUAAAAGAAACAAAUAAGCAAGAUAACAGUAAAACUAAUAGAUGUUCGGAAAGUUACGAAAGACUGAAAAAACGUUUAAAUGAGUUUGAGGAGCUUUUUGCUAACCGAUACACAGAAAGCGAUGAAGAUUUUAUGAAAUUGAAAGCUCAACCGUUACCUGAUCCUCCUUGUGUAUCUCCUUGGGAAGCAGAACCUGUACGAGAGUACCAAGAUCGGUAUCACGGUAGGAACAGGUGGAGAGAAGGUGAAAGAAACCAUUACAGGAACCGAGAGCAAAGUUAUUCAGGUUCAAGAAAUCCACGAGAAGGAAGGAGAGACGAUUACAGAAGCCGAGAACCACGUGGCAGAAGAUUCAGAGACUCGGAAGAUUGGAACAGAUAUGAUAACAGGAGAAGGGAUAGAAGGUGGUAAAAUACAACUGUAAAUGUAUGCAAUGGUCUAACAGCUUAGAAGAUACACUGUAAUGUGUUUCAAAUGAUUUCAAACUACCAUUCAAUAAAGUUUCACACACAUUUUGUAAAUACUUUCAUGUAUUACAAACAUCUUUCAACAAAUAAAUUGUCAGUUUUGGAAUACAGUAAA